AGGAAAAAAGCCGCUCCGCUGCUGCUGAAUCGAAACUUUUGGUGCAGAGAAAGAAACUCAACGUGGCUCGUUUUGUUUCAAACUAACCAGCGAGACCCUGAACUCACCGCGUCGGGCUCUCUGCGCGAGACGUUUGGAGACGUUUGGAGACGUUUGGAGCCUCUUUGUGGUCCCGUUUUCUGCGCUUUCGCGGAAGAAUGUGUUUUUGUCUCGGAGGACUUCAGAUGGAGUAGGGCAGUUCAGUGAAUUUCUCCAUGAAUGUACGUCACAAUGAUGAUGACAGACCAGAUUCCACUGGACUUGGCUCCGCCCCCCCUGCUGAACGGGGAGGUCCCGCUCAUGCCUCACAUGGUUAACGGUGACGCAGCCCAGCAGUUGGUACAGGUGAUCCUGGUGCAGGUGAACCCGGGGGAGACGUUCACCAUCCGGGCCGAGGACGGCUCACUGCAAUGCAUCCAGGGUCCCGCUGAGGUUCCCAUGAUGUCCCCAAAUGGGUCGAUUCCCCCCAUCCACGUCCCCCCGGGGUACAUCUCACAGGUGCUAGAGGAUAACACGGGGGUCCGCCGGGUGGUGGUGACGCCCCAGUCUCCGGAGUGCUACCCGCCCUCCUACUCUCCGGCCCUCUCCCCCACACACCACCUUCCCCCUUACAUGGCUCACCCUCACUUCAUCCCCAACUCUCACUCUUUCUACCCCCCCGUCAGCCCCGGGGAGCUGCCCCCCCACCAGUACUACCAGCACCACCUGCCCCCCAUGUACGGGGAUCCAGAAAUCAUCCCAGUUUACGGGAUGUCUAACUACAUCGGCAGAGAGGAGACGUACAGUAAGCCACAGCCCAAAAAGAUAAAGGAACAGAGGCAGCUCGAGCGACAGAACCGGCUUAACUCCCCCCCCUCCACGCUCUACAAGGGCAGCCUGGGGCCGGCACACAACGGAUACAGCAACAAAUCACACGCCCCAUCGCUCGGGUCAGUGGGGUCGGGGGGCGGACUCUGCAGUCCGGGAGGCAAGAAGCCGGAAAGACGACUCCGCAGCAGUCCACGAAACAGUGAACCAGAGACACACACACAAGAUCAUGAUUCAGAGGUGAAGCGUGUUCAAGACCUGCUGUGUACGAUCGACAAACCACAGGUCUCCAAUGUGCAGGCGCGGGCCGCGCGGCUGUCCUGGACCCCCCCGGCGGGGCUGGUGAACAGGCUCAGCAACGGGCCGCCCGUGUACGAGGUCUCUCUCUCGGAUAAGGGGCGGGACGGGAAGUACCGCCUCCUCUACAGUGGCGAAGAGUUGGAGUACCACCUGAAAGACCUGCGGCCAGCGAUGGACUACUACGUACGGGUGUCGGCGAUGUACAACUCGGUCCGAGGCUCGUGUUCAGAGGCCGGCUCGUUCACCACGCACUGCGGCGCCCCCGACGUCCCGCUGACCCCGAAGCUCUCCCACCGCACCAAGAGCACCCUCACCCUGCAGUGGAAGCCUCCGGGCGACAACGGUUCCAAAAUCACAAACUACCUGCUCGAAUGGGACGAGGGGAAGAAGAACAGUGUUUUCAGAGAAUGUUACUUCGGGAGCCUGAAACACUGCAAGCUGACGAGACUGUUCCCCGCCUGCGGCUACACCUUCAGAGUGGCGGCGCACAACGACAUCGGCACGAGCGGCGUCAGCACGGAGGUGGUGUUCUACACCAUGGGCACCCUGCCCGCUCUGCCGCUGGCGCCACGUCUGGUCCGGGCGGGGGUUUCCUGGGUGACCUUGGAGUGGGGGCGUCCCGAGGGCAGCCCGAGCGAGGAGCAGCUGAAAUACACACUCGAGAUCCAGGAGGACAACAGCGGAGUAGACUUUCAUCCAAAGUACACUGGAGAGAACUUGACCUGUACUGUACAAGGCCUGAAGAGGAGGACGCAGUAUAAAUUCAGGCUCAUAGCAUCAAACAUGGAGGGAAAGAGCAGCCCCAGUGAAGUGUUGGUCUGCACCACCAACCCAGACAAACCGGGGCCUCCAUCCACACCCUGUGUCACCGCGGCGACGCCCUACGGAUUUACCAUCACAUGGGAUCCCCCCCAGGACGACGGGGGCUCGGAGGCUCUCACGUACCUGCUGGAGGUCUCAGAGGGAGACUCUGAAGCCAGCCAAUGGGAGGUAGCGUACAGCGGUCCAGCAACAGAAUGUGUGUGUGAGCGCCUGACACCUGGGACCUUCUACCGCCUACGUGUGUGUAGCAUCACCACCGGAGGACACAGCCCGUGCACCGUCAGUGUUCCGGUCCGUACAUUAAUCGUCCCACCGGGUCCCUGCCCGCCACCGAGGAUUGUGGGUAAAGCCAAACACAAGGAAGUGCAGUUAGAAUGGGAAGCCCCCGCCUCCGAAGGUGUGUGCGAGGAGUGCGUGUUCAGUCUGGAGAUGAGCGGGGCGGACGGCGAGCCGUCAGAGGUCUACCACGGCUCGGAGCUGCAGUGCACUGUGGGUAGUCUGCUGCCCGGCGCCACGUACAGCUUCCAACUGAGGGCCGCCAACGAGGCCGGGUUCGGAGCGUACUCCGAGGCAACAGAGGCGACGACUGCAGCGGGCCCUCCUGGCCAGUGUGGGGCGCCACUCGUCACCCUCACCAGUAACACCUGUGUAACGCUCAACUGGGAGAGUCCUGAGGGUUCGGGCACAGACAUCUCCGAGUAUCGUCUGGAGUGGGCGAGAGAAGACGAAGCCAUGGAGCUCAUCUACUGCGGCGCGGCCACGCAGUGCGAGCUGUCCGACCUGACGCCCGCCACGGGUUUCUGCUGCAGGCUACAGGCGGUGAACCAGGCCGGCGGCGGUCCUUACAGCGAGCAGGUGAGCUUCCGGACCCCGGCGACCAACCCCGAACCGGUCUCCUCCCUCGCCCUCCUGGAGCUCCCCACCUCCUCGGAGUCGGGCCACUCCCCCUCCACCUGCCUCCUCCUGAAGUGGGACGAGCCCAACGGCAACGGGGCGGACAUCACCUCCUACGUCAUCACCGUGGAUGACCAAACCAUCGCCGUGGAGUCGGGGACCAGUCACCUGGUCGCCGGCCUGCAGCCGGACAGCCAAUACAGCGUCUUCAUCCAGGCGGUGAACGCCAUCGGCUCCGGUCCCUUGAGCGCGCCCUUGCUGGCGAGCACGCGGCCCCUGCCUCCGGCCCCGCCCCCUCUGGAGUGCUCGGCCGCCGGCCCCCAGAGCCUGAAGCUGAAGUGGGGGGAGAACGCCAGCAACACGCACACCCGCGCCCUGCUCGCCGACGACGUGGUCUACACGCUGCAGAUGGAGGACAAGAACCACAGGUUCGUGGCGAUCUACCGCGGGCCCAGCCACACCUACAAGGUCCAGCGGUUGACCGAGUCCAGCAGCCACGUCUUCAGAAUACAGGCCGUCAGCCAUGCGGGGGAGGGGCCCUUCUCCGACACGCACACCUUCUGCACCACCAAGUCUGUCCCGCCGGCCCUCAAAGCUCCCAGAGUGCACCAGCUGGAGGGGAACGCGUGUGAGGUCACAUGGGAGACCAUCGCACCAAUGAGAGGAGACGCCGUGAGCUACGUGCUCCAGGUGCUGGUGGGACGCGAGUCAGAAUACAAACAGCUUUUCAAGGGAGAGGAGGGCAUGUUCCACAUUUCCGGUCUCCAGGGCAACACAGACUAUCGUUUCCGCGUGGGCGCCUGCCGCCGUUGCCAGGAUACGUGCCAGGAACUCAGCGGCCCGCUGAGCCCCUCCUCCUCGUUCGCGCUGCGGCGCCAGGAGACGGCGUCUUCGGGGGAGCUGUGCGGCGCCGCCGACGCGGCCAGAGGCGGCGCCGGCGGCCUGAUCUCCAGCGACGAGCGCUUCGCGGCGCUCAUCGUGUGCGUGUUCGCCGGCUUCUCCAUCCUCAUCGCCUGCCUGCUGCAGUACUUCUUCAUGAAGUGAGGGAAUUUAUAACGAUAGGAUAGAAGGAGAAACUAAAAUCACCAAGAGGAAAAACAAACACGUCUACGGAUGAACGAACACUCGAUGUACUUCUACGGCUUUGUACGGUUUUAUUUCUUCUGUCUUUUUUUUGUGUGUGGCAAAUUAGCGAUUCUGUUGUUCCUCGCCUUGUUCCUGUCGUCGUGGUCGCCGCCGCCGCCACCGCCUUCCCUCGGUCCGCUCUCAUUUAUCUCUGCGUCUCCGUCGUCUUCUGCCUCGUCUGUUCUGAUCUCGGGUUUUGGAAAAGAAAAACUGAGCCUUAAAAAAUAGCUUUGAGCAAAACUGUUGCUCCUCACACUGACUUGCAUGUUAUUUUUAAACAUAUUUGAUUAGAGAACGUGUAUAUUUCUUGACAGUCAUUGCCUUACUUUUAUUUUUUUUAUUUUUACAUGUAAUUUUCUUUCUUUUUUAUGCCGCAGUCUUUAUUCAUUUCAUAUUCCAAUAUAGGCCUUCGAAGCUCUCGCCGUUCAUACCUUAUUAUUCAGUUUUCUACGGACUGUCGUAUUCAUAUCCGCUCAGCUUUUUGAAACAUUCACUCACUCAGCUACCAAAGUGAUGCGAUCCAUGUGGUGUCAGAUGCUGCUAUCCUGUGAUUUUAUUAUGAGAAAGAAUGGAACACCAGUAAUCUAAUAUAUAUACACACAAUAUAAAUAUAUAUAUAUAUAUUAUAACAAAUAUCUAUGAUGCUAUAAAAGUGAUGUAAUAUAAGUUGAUGGCAAUGUAAAGGUCUGAAGUACAGUGUGAAAGGGGGAGGAGUUUACUCACGAACAGCAGAUCUGAGGUCAGCUGAACUCUGUGUGGGGAUUUGAAUGUCGGCGGCAGCAUUUAGGAAGCCGGACCGAGGGUCGUGAUGGGCUGCAAGUUAAGGGGCCGAGCCGAGCGUGUGAUUGGCCCUAACGGGGGGAGGGCCAGGCUGAGCGUGUGAUUGGCCCUAACGGGGGGGAGGGCCAGGCUGAGAGUGUGAUUGGCCCUAACUGGGGAGAGGGCCAGGCUGAGCGUGUGAUUGGCCCGAACGGGGGGGAGGGCCAGGCUGAGUGUGUGAUUGGCCCUAACCGGGGAGAGGGCCAGGCUGAGCGUGUGAUUGGUCGCCCUGCAGCCCGUUCAUCUGUAGCUUUAGCGUUUGACCCAGCUAGCCGCGCUUCUCUGAACUCUGUGUGCUUUAACCAGGAAAGCCGAUAGGAGUUAGCUUGAGCUUUGAUGCCCCUCCCCCCCCCCCCCCCACCAGCCAGAGCUGCGCUGGAGCUGGAGCUGUACUUCCUGCCUCCAGCUGGUCUUCACAUCUAGAGACUCGUCUUCUCUCCUCUGCGGCCGUAACGAUCUGUAACGACCUUUUGCUCUGGCUGCUCUUCUCCUGCUUUCCAUCCAUCCCUUCUUUUCUGCCCAUGCACUACUCUCUCUCGCUCUCUCUCUUCCUCCUUCUGUUCUCUCUCUCUCUCUUUCUUCCUCCUUCUGUUCUCUCUCUCUCAAAAGGUGCUUUAUUGACGUGUAACCGAGCAGUAGCAGGUCUGUGGUCUCUCCUCAGACGGACAUGUUCUCUGAAGACUUGAACUAAUGUCCACUAACCAAACACGCCUCUGACGGGACACGACUCCACAGAACAGGGCAUUCUACCCCCCCCCCCACACACACACACACACACACACACACACCCAAGCCACGGUACCGGCCCAACACACACCCUGAUGAUCCAAAGAAGUCGCCCCGACCUGCUUUGAUGAAUGUGUGACACGUCUACAAUUAUACUAUAACUAUCUCACCUCGUCAGCCUCUCUUCCUACCUCUCUUCCUCUGUCUCUUCCUCCCUCUCCCCCCUUUCCUCCCUCUCCCCCCUCUCCUCCCUCUCCUCCCUCUCCCCUCUCCUCCUCCCUCUCCCCCCUUUCCUCCCUCUCCCCUCU